AUGCCAUCGGCGCUAUUCCUUGGCCAGACUUUGAAAGGCCGAACGGCGCUUUACACCAUUGGAAAACAACUCCAGGACUGUGUCUGGCUUGCGACGAAUGACUCCCAGCAGAAAGUGAUCGCAAAGAGUGUCCGGCACUUUCGAUUACAGAACGAGCGAGAUGUGCUACUUCGUUUUCAACGCCGAACAUCUGCCAUCCGCCCACUUAUUGAGGAGCUGGAAGAUCCUAAUUCCCCUCCUACACUUAUCCUAAAAUACCUCGAUGACGAUGUUCUGAAUGCAUCGAACAAGCAACGGCUUACUCAUCCCGAGGUGGUGUUUGUUGCAAGAAAGGUGCUCGAGGCGCUUGCCGUCUUGCAUGAUGAGGGAUUUAUACAUACUGAUAUUAAACCCAGCAACGUGUUAGUGAAUUACAGUCAGCUUGAUCUUCGUUUUAGAGAUGUUCAGCUGGCAGAUUUUGGAAGCACUGUUCACGUGGAGUCUGUUCAUGCGCAACGUGGGGACCCUAUCGGCACUCCUAUAUUCAGAAGCCCUGAGGCUCACCUUCAAAUGAAAUGGAGUACUGCAACAGAUAUUUGGUCAUUUGGUGCAACGGCAAGUUUCAACCUCGCGGCGGAAAACCUGAGAACGAAUAUUAACGUCGAUCCGGAUGUUCCACCGGAUCAUGAUGAGUACGAUGUGAAGAUUCUUCUGAAGCACCAUAGAUGCUUCGGUCCAUUUCCAGAAUCGUACGAACAGAUCGCGGACCAACAACGGUUGGCGAUUCUUACUUGGGUCAUGCAGAACAGUCCACCGGAGACUCUACGGCCGUUUCAUCUUACCACUACUAAGGAAAUCUGUCAAGACGAUAAGGAAUUCUUGCUAAGGAUAAUGAGGCUAGACCCUCGAGAUAGGCCAUCAGCACGACAACUCUUAGAAGACCAGUGGUUUAAUCAGUCUUGA